AUGGAUGCACUCCUCAAUAUCGCACCUGGUAAAAGUUGUGAUACGACAGAAUUGCGCACAAUUUUUGAUUUGAUAGAAGUGCAUACCCGUAAUCUUCAGUCUCUUGAUGUUGAAUCCAAGGCGUAUGGUCCAGUCUUAAUUUCUAUUGUAAUGAAUAAACUACCAGGUGAUUUUAAACUUGAUAUUACUCGUAAAAUGCCGCAGGGAACAUGGAAAAUAGGCGACUUAAUAAACUGCUUUAAAAAUGAACUCAUGGCGCGAGCGCUGCUGUGUACCGUAGUUACAGUCACAGCAAGGAAGCAAAUCAUUCGUGCUAAAAACAGAUGUUUUAAUUGUUUAAAAUCCGGACAUCUCGUUAGAAAUUGCAACUCUAAAAACACGUGCUUUAAGUGCAAGGGAAGACAUCAUAUCUCCCUCUGUGACGCUAAGGGUGGAGGAGAGCGAAACAAAAACAACAACGAUGGACAGGUUCCGCAUUCUCAGGAUGAUGAACAAAAUCAAUCAUCAAAUGUGAACGUCGUUGGUUGCCAUGACAGUACACUGCUGCAAACAGCAAAUGCGCACUUGUUAAAUACUGACAAAAAUUCCGUUGUUUUUUCUGGUUGCGUGCUCUUUGAUAACUGUUCGCAAAAAUCAUUCAUCACAAGUAACGCAAAACAACGAUCAAAAUUAAAAAUCAUCCGCAGCGAGAUUUUAAACGUAAAAGUGUUUGGCGACAACUCUGAAAAACCUCGAAAAUUAGACGUCGUAAAGGUUAAAAUUAAAAACGCCCAUUCUAACGAUUAUUCCGUAAUCGAAGCGUAUGUUAUGGACAUGAUAUGCUCACCUCUAUCUAACCAAAGAGUCGAUUUAGCGCAAACCCUUCUCCCAAACAUUUGCCUUGCUGACAACAACGCCUCUGACAAAAAACAGAUCGACGUUCUUAUAGGUGCAAAUUAUUAUUGGAACUUUGUAACAGGACAAAUUAUAAAAACCGAGAACGCUCUUACCGCUGUUCAAACUAUCCUUGGUUGGACUCUUAACGGAAAUGUGCGGGUAUCUUCUUCGACUGUUAACGUUGCAAACGUUUUACUUUCGCAUAAAGGGCACGAACUGUCAACUGAUAAUCUAAAGAAAUUUUGGCAAGUCGAGGACAUAAAUGAAGUAGACACUACGUUUACCAUAGGUAAAUUCAGCGAGAAAAUUGAUUUCGAUGGAGAAAGAUAUUCCGUCCCAUUACCAUGGAAACAAGAUCAUGAACAGAUACCGGACAAUUUCCAAAACAGCCGAAAUCGGUUAACAUCAGUCUUCCGCCGACUCAAGGCUAAGGCCGAGCUUCUGCAACAAUACGACGACAUCAUUAAACAGCAAAAAUGUGACGGUAUCAUCGAGCAGGUGACAGAGCCGCCACCGCCGCCAGGUAAAGUCCAUUACUUGCGCCAUCAUUACGUCUUAAAGGAAGAUAAGUCCACAACCAAGGUGCGCAUUGUUUACGAUGCUUCUUCAAAUUCUCCGUCACUCAACGAUUGCUUGGAAAAGGGUCCUUCUCUUCUUCCUCUACUUAUGGACAUCCUUAUCCGUUUUGGGACCUACAAGGUUGCGGUAGCAAGCGACAUUAAACAAGCAUUUUUAAAUGUGGCAAACAACACACCUGAUCGUGACCUCUUACGCUUCCUAUGGUUUGACGAUAUAACAAAAGAAAAUCCUUAA